GUCCAUCUUUGUGGAGGUACAGAAAGUGUCUGGACGCACCCUGUUCGUCUGUGGUUGGCGUUGCCCGUGAUCCCAAGCCUUCGAGAAGCCAAUUGGAUGCGGUCGUCACUGGGAUUGCUCUUCAAUCAUGGCUGAAUCUGACAUGCUUUACUCCAUGGUCAUGGGAUUCCGAAUGUCGGAGCUGCAACUGUUGAUGGCAUUUGCCGGGAAAAGUAAAAGUGGACGAAAGUGCGAACUUCAGAGUCGCGCUCUUGAGCUGAUCAACAUCAACUCCUCGUCCAUGAAGUUGAAGAUCCGGGAGCUGAGUAACGCUAUGUACAGCUCCCUGAAUUCAGCCGCUUCCGUCAACCCUUACAGUCACAAUUUCAUCGGAGGUGGUGAAGACGAGACCAUGAACUCCGAGAGUACCUCAAUCCCACCCCCGGUUCCAACCGCCCCCGCUGUCACUUCGGGAUCUAGUCGACCAAGUCGAGAUCCAUCUGGAUCAAGUGGUGGUGGUGGUGGUCGAACCCGUCGGAGCGCGGCCGUUGCGGCGGCGAGAGCGCUUUCGCGCGUUUCGGACGUGUCUCCCGCCGAAUCCGAUCAAAGCUCCAACGGGUCAGACUACUCAGACUCGCGCUCUUCAAGUGAGAGUGCCGUGUCCAUUGUGAAUAGUGAUUCCGAAUCCAGCAGAAGUCGGAGUAACACGAGUCGUUCCAAAGAACUAACUUUCACCGGUCAAGUCAACCGGAAACGCACGUCUCAAGGAGCCAGUAAUGGCACCUCCUCUAAAUCCUCAGCCGCACCCAAGGCAUCUGCGGUUGUGGAAGAAUCAAAUAAUCAUCUCAUGUACCCUACCUUUCCGGAUGUCAAGCUCCGUGAAUUGCCCUUUUAUAAGAUUCUGGCCAUUCUGAUGCAGCCUUGCGCUCUUCAACCAGGUGGCACGGCGCGAUUCCAGGAACAAAAGUUCUCGUUCUUUCUCUCGCCUUCUCAAGCCAGUGAGAUCGCCUCCAGUAGUUUCCGGGACAGUCACGGACGUGUCGAAUACAAGAAGCAAAUACAAAUGCGAUUCAGUUUGCUCGAAACAUCUUGUGAACAAGAUGACAACUUUCCGGCUUCCAUCUGUGUCAAGGUCAACAACAAGAUACAGCCCCUGCCCAGUCCAAUUCCUACCAACAAACCUGGGGUGGAGCCCAAACGGCCGCCCAAACCAAUCAAUAUUACCGCCCUGUGCAAAUUAUCCUCGACCAUGCCCAAUUUCCUCGAUGUAUCGUGGGCCGUGGAAAUUGGGCGGGGUUUCACCGUGUCGAUUUAUUACGUGGACAAGCUUUCUGCCAUGGAUUUGAUGAAAGAACUUAAGGAUCGUGGAAUACGUCAUCCGGAUUACACGCGGGCCAUCAUCAAAGAAAAGUUAAACGACAAAGACGUCGAUGUCAUGACCACAUCUUGCAAAGUCACCCUUGCUUGUCCUUUGGGGAAAAUGCGAAUGAGUUAUCCGUGCCGGGCUAGCACAUGUGAUCACUUACAAUGCUUCGAUGCCAACCUCUUCCUCAUGAUGAACGAGCGCAAACCCAAAUGGUUGUGCCCUGUUUGUAACAAAAAUGCUUUGUUCAAUAACUUGCUCAUUGAUGGUUUCUUCAACGAGGUUCUCAAAUCGUCCAAACUCCCACCCCAUGACCACGAGGUCGUUCUACACAAUGAUGGGUCUUGGGAGCCUUUGCCAUUCAAGAAAGAAGGCGUGUCGUCCAAAGAUGAAGAAGCCGCCGCUGCUGCGGCAGCCACAGCGGCCGUGAAAUCUCCUCCAGUCGAGACAUUGAACCUGGAUGACGACGAAAGUUCGUCCCCUGCCCCCACCCCAGUACCUGCCACCAAAACGGAGAAAGCCUCGAGUAGUAGUAGUAGUAGUAGUAGUAGCGGUGAAAAAGCCACGACCUCGGGCUCGACCUCAGCCGCAAAGACCGUCGUUCCAGUGGAAGGGCCGAGCAAAGCUGGAAACUCUACGGCCACAACGAAAAGCGACAAGAGAUCGUUUGAUUGCAUCACUUUGGAUUCGGAUAGCGAAGAGGAUUCCGAGACGCGUCCGCCUAAUCGGAAGAAGCCCGCCAAUGAGUUGAGCUCGGACAAAGGGGCUAAAUCCAAGGAUCCGCCUCUGCCACCGAGUACCCCGCCUCUAAUUUGCUUGGAUGACUAAUUCUAAUCCAGCAAGUAAUUAAAUCCUUACCCCCCAAAAGAGACACCCAUUAUUUUCACUGGCCCCCAAAUCUGCCCUUCCGUAUGUUGUCUUCAAAUCUCGUUGCUUCCCUUUUUCGUUCGAAUAUAACUUGGAACACACAUUGGAGAA